AUGGGGGACAACACUAGCCCCAUCAGCGUGAUUCUGGUGAGCUCGGGGAGCAGAGGCAAUAAGCUGCUGUUCAGAUACCCCUUCCAGAGGAGCCAGGAGCACCCGGCGUCCCAGACAAAUAAGCCGCGUAGCAGAUACGCUGUUAACAGCACGGGCGACCACCCUGAGGACCAGGACGGGGACUCCAGUGAGCCAUGUGUUCCAACCGAUGAGCAGUUGGUUGCAGGGUUUUCGGAUGUUAUUCUGGCAACAAUUUUGGCAACAAAGUCUGAAAUGUGUGGCCAAAAAUUUGAACUGAAGAUCGAUAACGUGCGGUUUGUUGGGCACCCGACACUGCUGCAGCAUGCUCUGGGGCAGGCUUCCAAAACAGAUCCAUCCCCAAAGAGAGAGACGCCCACCAUGAUUCUGUUUAACGUGGUGUUUGCACUGAGGGCCAACGCGGACCCGUCGGUCAUCAGCUGCCUGCACACCCUGUCACGACGCAUUGCUGUGGUCUUGCAGCAUGAGGAGCGACGCUGCCAGUACCUCACCCGUGAGGCCAAGCUGAUCCUGGCUCUGCAGGACGAGGUCUCCGCCGUUUCCAACGCAACCGAAGGCCCCCAAUCCCCGUUCCAUCACAUCCUGCCCAAGUGCAAGCUGGCCAGAGACCUCAAGGACGCAUAUGACAGCCUCUGCUCCUCGGGCGUCGUGCAGCUGCGCAUCAACAACUGGCUGGAGGUGAGCUUCUGUCUGCCCCACAAGAUCCACUAUGUGGCCUCGAGCCUGAUCCCGCCUGAGGCCAUGGAGCGGAGCCUGAAGGCCAUCCGCCCCUACCAUGCCCUGCUGCUGCUCACCGACGAGAAGUCUCUGCUGGCCGAGCUGCCUGUGGACUGCUCCCCGGCCCUGGUGCGUGUGAUCAGGACCGCCACGGCCGUGAAGAACCUGCAGCAGCUGGCCCAAGAUGCUGACCUGGCGCUGCUGCAGGUGUUCCAGCUUGCAGCCCACCUGGUGUACUGGGGCAAGGCCAUCAUUGUGUACCCACUGUGUGAGAACAACAUCUACAUGCUGUCGCCCAACGCCAGUGUGUGUGUGUACUCUCCGCUGACUGAGCAGUUCUCCCGCCAGUUCCCAUCACACGACCUGCCAUCUGUUCUUGCCAAGUUUUCCCUGCCCGUCUCCCUGUCGGAAUUCAGGAGCCCCCUGGCACCCCCAGUGCCAGAGACCCAGCUCAUUCAGAUGGUGGUGUGGAUGCUGCAGCACCGGCUCCUGGUCCAGCUGCACACCUACGUCUGCCUCAUGGCUGCACCCCGCGAGGAGGAGGCUCGGCCUCGUGAGGACGACCUGCCCCUUCCUGCCCGCGUCGGGGGCCGCAGCCUCAGUACACCCAAUGCCCUCAGCUUCGGCUCUCCAACCAGCAGUGACGACAUGACCCUGACCAGCCCCAGCAUGGACAACUCCAGCGCUGAGCUGCUUCCCAGUGGGGACUCGCCCCUCAACAAGAGGAUGACGGAGAGCCUGCUGGCCAGUCUGUCGGAGCACGAGCGUGAGGCCAUCCUCAGUGUGCCUGCUGCCCAGAACCCCGAGGACCUGCGCAUGUUCGCCAGGCUCCUGCACUAUUUCCGGGGCCGCCACCACCUGGAGGAGAUCAUGUACAACGAGAACACACGGCGUUCCCAGCUGCUCACACUCUUUGACAAGUUCCGAAGCGUGCUGGUGGUAACCACCCACGAGGACCCCGUCAUUGCCGUCUUCCAGGCUCUGCUGCAGUGA